AUGCCGCGACCAUCGGCGUCAACGCCCCAUCUCAUCUGGGCCGCCGGCCAUUUCCUCUGCUUCUUUGCAGGCCUGCGCUACCUCGCCGGUACACUGAUGUUUGCAACCUCAUCCGGAGGAUUGUCACGAUGGUACACCGCCACCUACCUCGGCGCCAUCAUCUCCUACUGCGUCGUCGUGUACAAAUCGUUUGGCGUUCCGCAGCUCAACAAGCCAUACAUCCAGCGCGCGCUGAUGGACGAAAACGUGCAGUACCUCUUCCUCGCGGUGUACUGGUUCAUGUCCAAACCCAUCUUUAUCACGCUCGUGCCCUUCGUCACAUUCUCGCUCUUCCACGUGCUUACCUUCUUGCGAACGACCGUCAUCCCCAUGGUCUUUCCCUCGGCUUCUCCCGCAGCAGGCACCAACCAGGCUGCGGCAGGAGGCGCACCCGCAGCCUCGCCUGCUGCACCCCCGGCCAAGAUUGCCAAGUUCAUCCAAGGCUGGGUCAAGGCCAACUACGACCCUGCGAUGCGCUUUGUCGCAUACGCCGAAGUCGCCAUCUUUGCGCGCGUGCUCUUCGGCGCCGUGCUGUUCCGUAACUCGCUCAUGGCGCCGCUGUUCUAUGCCCACUUCUUGCGGCUCAGAUUCUACAUGAGCUCGUUCACGCGUGCCGCGUUCCAGCACGUCAAGACGGUUCUGGACGGGUAUACCCAGCACCAGAGCUGCCCGCCUGUGGUUAGGAAGGCUUACUUGACCUUGACGGAUCUGAUUUCCAGGUAUGCGAGCUCGGUGCUGUCCGUGCAGAACCCGCAGACGGGUGCACAGCAGCCUGCGGGUGCGGGUGCUGCGGCUGCAGGUGGUGCGGCUGCUGGUGCAGCUGCGGCUCCAAGGAGGUAA